AGUCCUAUUCAAUAAAAAAUCUACUUUUUACUUCGUUUGUGGUUAUGUCCUUCAAAUUCCUUCAAACACAACAAGAAAGUUUAUAUCAUUCUUAACGAUCGGUAGAUGUCAUUACAAUAGAAAAUUGUAAUAAAAUUUUGAAUGACAACGUGAAAUAUUUUAUAUAUAUUCUGAAUCUUAUUUAUAAAAUUUUUAUUUAAAAAAUAAAAAUAAUUCUAUAACACUUCUUUAUCAUACUUCAUGGGUCCACGAAAUCAUGGAAAAAAUCAACAAAAGAACUUAUCACAAUCAAUCGUCAAAAAAAAGAAUAAUAUUACCACUCUUUCUCAACCUAUUCCAAGUACAAGUACAAAUAUAUCAUAUAUUAAUGAAAAAUCGCAAAACUUUUCUGAUUCUAUAAUUUUUGAAGAAGAUAAUCGCUUUAUUAAUAACCUGAUACGAUACUUUUUUGCAUUAGAUAGAGAAAAACAAAUUGUCAAUAAAACUCGUAUAAUUAAAAAUGUUUUUGACAAUCAAGGAAAACAUUUUUCUAGAAUAAUGAAUAAAGCAAAAGAUCUUUUGUCAAAGAUUUUUGGAUAUCAAUUGAUAGAACUUGAAGGUAAUAAAUAUAUGUUAGUAAACGAAAUAAAAAAUGAAUUACCACACAUUUAUCCAUGUGCAACAGAAAGUAGCCAACAAGUAUUAUUAUUUAUAGUACUCACUCAUAUUUUCAUGCAAGAAGAAUCCUGUACUGAAGAAUCAUUAUGGGAUUUUCUUACUAAUUUGGAUAUUUUGUAUUUAGACAAUCAUUAUCAUCCUUACUUUGGUAAUGUUAAGUAUUUGAUAAAUGAGCUCUUUGUUGCACAAAAAUAUCUUGAUAAAACUAUACUGGAACAAAAUGAUUCAAUUAAAAUAGAAUUUAAAUGGGGUCCCCGUGCUGAAUAUGAAUUUUCUCGACGUGAAGCUUUAAAUUUUGUAUCAGAGAUAUACAAUAGACGUCCAUUAAACAGUUGGCCAUUACAAUUUAAAAUUUUACUUGCUCGAGAAAAAUUAACCAAAUCUCAUUGAUAUGUAUAUAUACUAUUAUGAAUGCAAUAAACAAGAAU